CAUCUGUUGACUUUCAUCUUCUUCAAAAGAUACAUUCCCUCUGUUGUCUUUGAUCAAUCAGUUAAUUGUAUAAUGACUCGGUACGAGAAGGAAGGACAUGCUCACCACAAUGAUCAAAUCAGUUACUUACCAAGUAAUUUAACUGAUAGCAUCCUAUCAAAAUUGUCCAUCCAAGACUUGAUUAGGACCAGCAUAUUAUCCAGGGGUUGGAGGUAUAAGUGGACUUCAGUUCCACAACUUGCGUUUGAAAAUGAUUUUUUUGAAAAAUGCAAGCAUCUUGAAUUCCAUGAAACCUCAAGUGUUAUUACCCAAAUUCUUUUACUCCAUAGUGGCCCAAUAGUGAAGUUUACCCUUUACAUCCCUAAAAACUUCCCAAUCAAAAUGGAAUGCCUCAACAAGUGGAUUAACCUUUUAUCUGGAAAAGGGAUUAAAUUUCUUAAGAUUGUGAACCUACAAAAUGUGCCUUUUCAAACACCAUCUCACAUAUUCUCUUGUAAUCUAUUGACUCACCUUGAACUUUACAAUUUUAAACUAUCAUUUGUGCCUAAUUUUGGUGGGUUUAAAAGUAUGUUCACCCUUAUUCUAGAUGAUAUUAUAUUUGAGUCCAAUGCACUUCAAAGCCUUAUGUUUGUUUGUCCAUCACUUGUAAUACUCACCAUUUCAUAUUGUUCUGGCUUUGAGUGUAUUAAUAUCUGCUCUCCUACUCUCAAAGACUUGCGUGUAAGUGGUGAUGAAUUUAUCAAAUCAAUUUGUUUGGAGAAAGCAAAGAAUAUGACUCAUCUUUCGCUCAUGAAUGAUCAACCUGGGAAUAACUUUGAGAGAGACACAGUAACUAAUUUGAUAAAAGGCUUGUCGAAAAUUGAAAGCAUUUGUCUUGGAGAGGGCUACAUCCAGAUCUUCUCUGAAGCAGGUUUUCUUCCAAAGGGGCUACAAACAUCAUUCAACACCUUAAAAUAUCUAGAAUUAGAUUCUGUGAAUUUCUGCAACUCAAGGGAGAUCUUAUUUGUUAUUUCUUUACUUAAAAGUUCUCCCAACCUAAAGGAACUUUUAAUAGAGAGUCGUUAUACCAGCAACGUGAUGGAACAACCACACACAUUGGAGGUGUCGAAAUACAAUAGUUGUUGCCUUAGUCAGCUUCAGACUGUGAGUAUCAAUGUAUACAAAGUCUGUAGGAAUACACUGAACUUCAUACAAUAUUUGCUGGCUAAUUCCCCAUCAUUGGAAUCCAUUGCUUUCACCAUUGAUGCCAUUCAAGAACACAGUAUAUUAGGUAUUAAACAAGAUUUGCAACAAAUGGCACGAGUUUCAAAAAAAGUAGAAGUUGAGUUAAGUUAUGAGUAUAUUUAUUAG